AUGACUUCGCACACUUUUAGCCAGAAAAAGUUUACACCAACUCCACCGGAAAAGGGCAGCUUCCCUUUGGAUCACGAAAGUUUGUGUAAAAAAUAUUAUUUACUCUACAUGAGCUGUCUGCGUCGCAGUAACGACCAAAAUUCCGAGUGCCGCAGAGAAGCUCAAGAAUAUUUGGACUGUCGCAUGAAAAAUCAGUUAAUGGAACAGGUUGAAUGGUCCAAAUUGGGUUUCAGUGAAGAGGACAAAAAGGAUAGCAAAACUAAUAAAACCCAGCAAUAG